AUGAACGACUAUUGUCUCGCAGCCGGUAGCAUUGGCGCGGAGAAAGUACAACGAAACCAUCAGCGUCAACGGAGACAGAUCGGCGAUCUCUUAUCCAGUAUUGUUGGCGAUGUUUCUUCAGUGUUGUCCAGCAACGGCGUUGCGGUCCCUACGGCUAUCAUAGAGAGUGUAGCGGGUAGUGUGGUGAAUGCUUUACCCACACCAGCAAAUCCGACGAGCAUUGCUGCUGAGAUUACCGCGACGAGCGCAACAGAGGAUGCAAGCAGCACAGCCAGCAGUACUGCACAAACGUCGACAGGAGCAUCAUCAACCAGAAACGAGGCCUCAAGCACCGCAUCACAGGGAUCAACUUCAUCGAGCUCUGCCGCAGCGACAUCAUCACCAUCUUCAAAUUCAAGCUCUGGACCAUCAACAGGUCUCAUAGCUGGUGUAGUGGUAGGAGGAGUCGCAGCUCUAGCCUUGAUUGGCAUUUUUAUCCUCCUUCUCCUCCGUCACAGAAAGAGGAAAUCCAGAACGGCAGCCAUGAACGACAAGGAGGCCAGUGCAGCAGCGUCUUCGUCGUCCGAUCAUUCCCCACCAACACAGGGUGCAUAUGCCCGUGUCCCACAACAGAAUGCAUACCCUACCACAACCACACUCCCUACGCAACCCGAUUUGUCCUCGACACAGCCGACGACAAUGAUGUCUCCAGUUUCACCUAUAACACCAGGAGGCCAAGCACCAUGGGCGUCAACAUCAACUUUCGGAGGCGCAACAGCAACGGGAGCCGGAGCUGGAGCUGCAACGGCAGCCGCAGGGCAUGCACUACACAGCUCCACCCCAGCGCCUAGAUACUCCGACGAAAAGCCACCACAGCGCCACCAAUACAUCGAUUCGAAGAUACCGGAAAGUAAUGAGAUGCCUACAAACGCAAAUGUCUGGGAAAUAGAUGGUAGGGAAAUGCCGCCACCUAGCGAACUCGAUGCAGGAAAGAGAGACGGGUUGAACUUGGGGAACAUAGGAAGUAAUGCACAGGCACAAGGGCAGACUCAGCAACAAGAACAUGCUGCGUACAGGCCGCCGAGCGUAGGGAAUGAACAGUCGAAUUGGAGUGGACAGAAUGGCGAGUUUUCGGGUAACAAACCGGUUGGUCAAGCCAUUUGA